AUGCAGGAGAGCCUACUGCUGUCUCUGCUGCCCCGCUUCGUGGCCCAGGAGAUCAUUAAAGACAUCUCGAACGAAGAGGACCAUCGCAAGUUUUUCUCCUCCCAGUUCCACAAGAUAUACAUCCACUGCUACGACAACGUCAGCAUCUUGUUCGCAGACAUCCAGGGUUUCACGGCGUUAGCGUCUCGCUGCUCGGCGCAGGAGCUGGUGAAGGUUCUCAACGACCUCUUCGCCCGCUUCGACCGACUGGCCAAUGAAAAUCACUGCCUGCGGAUCAAGCUCCUGGGUGACUGUUACUAUUGCGUGAGCGGCCUGCCCCACGUGCGACCCGAUCAUGCUCACUGCUGCGUCGAGAUGGGUCUACACAUGAUUCAAGUAAUCAAAUUCGUGAGGCAGACGACAGGGGUGGACCUGAACAUGCGCAUUGGCAUCCAUACCGGGUCCGUACUCUGCGGUGUCCUGGGACUCCACAAGUGGCAGUUUGACGUGUGGUCUAACGACGUCACACUGGCCAAUCACAUGGAGUCGGGAGGAAUCGCAGGACGCGUGCACGUGUCCCAGGCCACUUUGGAUGCUCUGGGUGACUCGUACGCCGUCGAGCCUGGCUUCGGCGAGACCAGAGAUUCGUACCUCCGGCAGCAGAACGUCCAGACCUUCCUCAUCAAACGAACCGAGCCGACAGCCUACAAAAAGGGCUACAAGCGGCGCAAACGCCGCAGCAACCCGGAAGAUCGCCAGAGCGUGGCCAGCGGGGUCCUGUCCAACGGUGCCAACAGCGACCACAGGUCCAGCGCCAGCACCAACAGCACCGUCGGGGCUCACAGCGAAGAGGACGGGCCUACGGUCGAGUGGACGCCCGAAAUACCUUUCGAGAACCUGGACAACCUGGUGGCUUUUGCCGAAGACGACAAUCUCGAAGAUGGCGACAGCGUCUCGGUCGGCGGCACGGGUCCCGAGAAUUCCAGUUCGGAAUACCGGCGGUCGUCCAAAGACGAGGUGCGAGGCUCCAUGCGAGAGCACGUAGCGCUCGCGGCGUCCAUCAGCGAAGACGUGGACGACAUCAUCGACCACGAGAUAGAACUCGAGAGCAACAAAAAGAUGCGCAGAGAAAACGUCAAUCAGUUCACGUUGGCCUUCAAGUGCCAGCUCACGGAAAAUCUGUUUCAACAGCAUCAAGUUCAUGAUACUGUGUUUCGUUCUAACAUGACCUGUGCCUUUAUCACCUGGAUCUUCAUUGUCAUCUGCCAAGGAAUUAUGCUUCCAAAGUCCUUCUUCAUGACUGUAUCAUACUCAUCCAUCUCCGGCUUGUUAGCACUUGUCCUUGUGGCAGCGGUGGGCAGUGAAUGUCCGUGGUCCCCGGUGCGCCUUGUGUCCAUCUCCAGGACUCUGGAGGAGCAGUGCUUCUGGAGGAACAUCGUCAUCUGCUCCACACUCUUCCUCAUGUUCGUCGCCUCUACUGGCACUAUGUUUGUUUGCGACAGGACCCCGCAAAAUUCAACGAUGGCGUGCAGAUUUGAAUCUGCGGAAAGUUCGCUGUGCUGCUAUCCUCAGUACUACAUGUUUUCCUGGAUGUUGUGCAUGGUCGCCUGCUCCGCCUUCAUCAAGCUCAACUACCUCAUCAAGGUGGUUAUGCUGGCGGGAAUGGCGCUCACCGACAUCGUCCUGGUGAAGGUCUUCUUCCCCACAGUGUUCAGGCGAUCUCACAAGGGAUACGAAGUAAUAGUUUCAGUAGACGACCGGAUGCCCAUCCUCAUAGCCGUAUUUUUCUACAUUGUCGUCUACCACUGCAGGCUGACGGAAGUCACAUCCCGGCUGGACUUUCUGUGGAAACGUCAGGCACAGACGAACCUUCAAAGCAUGCGUGAAAUCUGCAGCUACAACACGCAGCUCCUGCGCAACGUUCUUCCAGAUCAUGUCGCCACCUAUUUUCUUACUCAUGACCGGAAAAAUGAGGAACUUUAUGCCCAGUCAUACGUCUGCUGUGGCGUUCUCUUUGCUUCCAUUCCAAACUUUGCAAAUUUUUACUCUGAGGAUAUUAACAACGGUGUGGAAUGCAUUCGACUGCUGAAUGAAAUCAUAUUUGAUUUUGAUCAGCUGCUGGAUGAUGAGCGGUUCCAGUGCCUGGAAAAAAUCAAGACAAUUAGUAGCACAUAUAUGGCAGCCUCUGGUCUCAACCCAAAAGAUCAGAAUUUGUGCGCUUGGGUCCACCUUACCGCUCUAGUCGAUUUUGCAUUUUCUAUGAAGGAAGCUCUCGAGGAUGUAAACAAGCACUCCUUCAACAAUUUCAAGUUGCGCGUUGGAAUCAGUCACGGACCCCUCGUCGGUGGAGUGAUCGGCGCCAGAAAGCCGGUAUACGACAUCUGGGGCAACACUGUCAAUGAAGCCAGCAGAAUGGACUCUACCGGAUCCUUGGACCACAUCCAAGUCCCCAGAGCCACGGCGCAACUUUUAGAGGAGCACGGCUACAAUGUCCAGUACCGCGGCCCCGUCCAGGUCAAGGGCAAAGGGACCAUGGAAACCUACUACGUCCUCGGCAAGAAGAUAGCCCGGGUGCGAUCCAUGAACCGUCAUCCGAGCACCAGGAGUACGCUGGCGGCCUUCGUGUACGGACUAGUGCAAGCGCGGAAGAAGCAGGCCCUAGGUUCAAGUCUUAGUGUUCCGAGCCCGAGACAGAGGACUUCGCCAAACUCGGGGUCGUUCAUCAAGAAGCAGAAGCUACACCGCAUGCUCUCUGAGACACCCAACUCGGACCGCAAGCGCAACAGGCUACGGGAACGAAGGAUGACCGAGACAGCCGGAAGUAGUCAGUCAUUUCCGGACAUGAGAAGUGCCGACCGUGAUGAAUCGUUUACCUCGCCGUGAGGACCGCCGUGUUGGUUUGUGCUAUGUGCUUGGUGCGCGUGUUGGACGGAACAGUUUCGCAUUUUCACCGCUGCGCUGUGACCGACCACUGGCGCAAGAACUCGUGUGGAAUAGGACAUGAUGCUUCACUCAUGAGGACUACACGGAAGCUCGGGUCCUAAGUGAAGUGAUGAACAAAUUGGAAACUCACCGGUCCAUCGUCCUACCCCUAUCGCAGCCCUUCCAUCUUUGAAGAGUGUGCUGAUUCGUUUUAUUUUCACUGUCAUUAAAACACCUACGAUCGGAACGA